CCUUCUCUCUCUCUCUUCCUCCGUGGACUACGGUAGAGAGAGAAUACGCAAUGGGAUGGUUUCUCUGUUCUGGAAGCUCCAAUAAGAAGGCCAAGCAGCUUCACAAGGAGGACGAUCCGAUCCCAUCCACUUCAGAAAAGCCGACAUUUAAUGGGAAGAACGAGGCCCUAAAAGAUGGGGAUUCUGAUCAGAUUUCAGCACAAACAUUUACAUUCACAUUCCGAGAGUUGGCAGCUGCGACAAAGUAUUUUAGAGCAGACUGUCUUUUAGGUGAAGGAGGUUUUGGUCGAGUAUAUAAAGGACGGUUGGAUAGCAUAAAUCAGGUAGUUGCCAUCAAGCAACUCGAUCGAAAUGGGCUACAAGGAAACAGGGAAUUCCUUGUUGAAGUUCUAAUGUUAAGCCUACUCCAUCACCCAAAUCUUGUUAAUUUAAUUGGCUAUUGUGCAGAGGGUGAUCAAAGACUUUUGGUUUAUGAAUACAUGCCAUUGGGAUCUUUGGAAGACCAUCUACAUGAUCUGCCACCUGAUAAAAAACGGCUUGACUGGAAUACAAGAAUGAAAAUAGCUGCAGGUGCUGCAAAGGGCUUAGAGUAUUUGCACGACAAAGCUAACCCCCCAGUUAUAUAUCGUGAUCUAAAAUGCUCAAACAUCCUUCUGGACGAAGAUUACCAUCCCAAGCUAUCCGAUUUUGGCUUGGCUAAAUUGGGCCCCGUGGGGGAUAACACUCAUGUGUCCACAAGAGUGAUGGGAACUUAUGGAUACUGUGCUCCCGAAUAUGCAAUGACUGGCCAGCUCACCUUAAAAUCAGAUGUUUUUAGCUUUGGAGUUGUUUUGCUAGAAAUUAUUACCGGCAGAAAAGCUAUUGACAACUCAAGAGGCGCAGGGGAACACAAUUUGGUGGCAUGGGCACAACCCUUAUUUAAAGAUAGGAGGAAAUUCUGGCAGAUGGCUGAUCCAUUGCUCCAAGGACAAUACCCAGUCAGGGGCUUAUACCAAGCUCUUGCAGUCGCUGCAAUGUGUGUUCAGGACCAGCCCAAUAUGCGACCCCUCAUUGCUGAUGUCGUUACGGCCCUAACAUAUCUUGCUUCCCAAAAAUACGAUCCCGAGACCCAGCCAGUUCAAAGCGCUCGCAGUAGCUCAUCAACACCUAGAUCUUCUAGACGAGAACUGUGAAGAUGGUUCUGACAAGAAGCUAACAUGACACUGAGUUGUUCAAAAUCUAAUMAUCAGAUUGUUGCAACCUUCAUAACCCCCUCGUCAGCUGUCUCUAUGUUUCAAUGUUGUAGAUUUCGUUUGCAGUGUCACUCCGAGGCGAUCAACGAGUACCCAGUCACGUCAGAUGGUGUCGGUUUAUUCGCCUCUUUUAAGCUGCAGUUGCAUACUCAGAUAACUCCUCUACUCCCAGGUUUUGAUCUCCUCAUAAAACUUUUAUUCUUUUUGGUAUAAUUUUUAUAUUUAUUCUUCACCACCUGUUUUAAACCAUUUCCUUCUCCACCUUCCCUCCCCUUCCUAUUUACCUUUGCACAAGAUUCUUUAUGUACAAUUGAGCUUGGUGUUUUCGUAUCUAUAAACAAAUAGGUCUCUGGUUAAAGGAUUGUCCCACCUCACCCGAAAUUUUACAGUCGUAGAGAACGGUUUACCGAUGUUUUACCGUUUUAGGGAACAGUUAUCCCCCAUCCCCCCCUUCUGGAUUUGCUCUUUUGAUUCAAGUUGUGCAUUUGUAUACACUUUUUCCAGAGCUUGAAUUGCAAAACUUGUAAUCAUA